UUUUGCUUCUUGACGUUUGGAACAGUCAAAUUAAUUGAAAUAGUCAGACGAGCUUCUGUUUCUGCCCCUAGCGCCCUGCUUGACCUUGUGCUAUUGAAUAUCGUGUCACGAAUGUUUAUGAUAUACUACGUACGGAAAUGGGGUCAUCUACUAUCGUAACAGUUCAGUUGGCUUUCCAGUUCUCCCAGGCUAUUACUUUCCGCUCGCUUUAUACUGGACUGAUCUCCGCGUAGAAAUAACUGCAUUGCCUUUCACGAACAUGGCGCGUUGCGCCUAAGCGCCACCGGACAGGCGCUUGAAAUUCCACCGCCAUGUCUCGGCGCAAUAACCACUCCACCACACCAAACAGUGGGCCUGCAGGCUCGAAAGUUAAAAGGACCACCGGUGCUGGCAAGAAACACAACAGCGGUGUGUCGGACUGCACACGCAGCUGUUCUCUGGAGGCGCAUGCGCUGAAGGUUGCCACGUUUGUUGCCAGUGGCAAGAGUAUCGACGUUCUCCGCCGCAAGCUGCCACUGCUCUGUAGCAAUGCUUUCCAGAACUUGACUGAAACAGGUCAUUCUGUGCUUCAUAUCGCAGCCCAGUAUGGCUACUAUGACAUCAUCAAAGAGCUGAAAGAGGAACUGACCUCGCAGGAUCUGAACCGCGCUGACAGGGAAAGCCGCUACACCGCCCUGCAUUUGGCCAUCUACUAUGGACAGCUGCACUGUGCCGUGCUGCUGCGCCAGCUCGGUGCUGACUUGUUCUUGCGCGACUAUGAUGGUUAUCCUGCUCACCGACUUGCUAGUCUGGAUCGUGUUGAACAUGAAGUGAAGAGACACUGCGAGUUCUUUGCACAGCCGCAAGAUGGCUUUCCUCAACUUGCACCUCUGACCUGGGGCACGAACGUCAACAACCUCCUCGGUCAUGCUGACGUCAAACCUCGCGCCCAGCCCGACUUCUUGCCGCUGCUUGUCGGUUGCAAGAGAUCUGUUGGUUGCACCGAUAGACAUGUUCAGCCGAAGGCUGCCCUGAGUAAGUUCCACAUGAUACUGGUGACGUCGCGCGGUGAGGUGUUCACCUGCGGCCAUGGCCGCGGAGGACGUCUCGGCCAUGGCGGUGAGGAAUCCGAGCUGAAGCCGCGGAUUGUUGAGUUCCUGCUCAAAUCAGCCGUUCAUCUUGUAGCUGCGGGACAGAAUCACAGUGUGUUUGUGGAUGUGGACAAUAAUUUGUACACGUGCGGCAACAAUGAGAAUGGCCAGCUUGGUCAGGCAUGCACACAGCAAAGUGGCAAGCAAGUCGCCAAUUCACUGAGCCCGCGGAAGGUAUGGUUGAAAGAAGAGAGGCCUAUCAUCGGUGUGGCCGCAUCGCGCUAUCACACUGCUGUCAUUACUGCCUCUAAGCUCUACGUCUUUGGUACUGAUCGUGGACAGCUGGGACGAGCGGAGUCACACAACACCAGGGUGGCGACGCCAUUCUGCGUGCCUCUGAACUACCAGAAUGGCUCGGAGUUUAGUAUCAGCGAAGUGGCCGCGUCCAACGACGUCACGGCGUGCUUGUGCCGUGCGAGCAUUUGGCUCGACGAGCAUGGCUACACCACCUCGUACUUCGUGUUUGUGUGCAUGAACCACACUGUACACUUGGUCACCUGCCUCACUUCUGGCCUCUGUCAGUUGAACUUGUGGACCCGUCUGUCUGCGUCAUCCGCGGCCUGUGCUGCUACGGGCCCUGCGAAGAAGUCCGAAGUUAAGGCGCGUGCCAAGGAGACCGUUGUGAUGUGCUUGUCGCAGCGUAACGAGCUGUUGAGUUGGUCUUGUGGCGACUCAUCGUUCCGCAAGUGCAACUUCAAGAACGGCCCUCCGCCUGGCAGAAUUGAGAAACUGGUGGUUACGUGCAAGCUGGCGAUUGUAACAUCUCUGGGUGAAAUCUUUACAGCCGCGCCGGAGAAGCAACACGCUCCUGCACUGACGUACAACAGGAAGCCUAGUGUGUCCUUCGAUUCCAUGGGCUCCUUUGGCCAGCUUGUCCACGAUCAGGAAGAGAUGAUCGCGACCAGCCACUUCAAGCCGUUCUCCAUCAAGCGCGUGCCUGUCGCUGACCAGGUCUGGAUGGUGGCCAUGGAUCCCAAGGCGGAGAACUUUGUUGCUCUAACUAAAUUACCCAGGAUGGAGGUUGUACGGCCACUUUCAGAGCGUACUGCCGCAGUUCAGGAGUGCAUUGAACGUUCCGGCAUGCAGGAUACGUUGCAUGACAUUGCCUUCAUGACGAAGGAUCCUACCCAGCAGGUGUACAGCUGCAAGUACUUCCUGGUCAGCCACAAUGCAUCCGUUCUGUCCAGGCUGGAGAGCUGCGGAGCAGCGACAACGGACGACGACGGCUUCGUGACGGUCUCGGCGACGAAGAAGUUCCCCGCGGACGUCGUGCGUCAGCUUCUGUCGGCUCUGUGCUCCUCGUGGCAGUCGAGCAAGGCCACUGACUUGUCAAUCGAGCAAGAGGAGGAUUGUACGGCGCAGGCAGAGCUGGUGACGGAGAGCGUGAGCCGUUGCUAUCAUGCUUUGUUUGGCACGUCCAUGCCCAGGACGGGCACGUUCAGCUGGGCGUACAGCAAAUGUGCGGAUCUGUCUGAUGUCGUACUGUGUGCUCAAGACGGAGUUCUCUUCCAUGCUCACAAGUGUGUGUUAGCGCUGCGUUCCCCUGAUUAUUUCGGCCACAUGUUGCUGGGCGGAUGGCAGGAGUCAUCUCAGGGCGCACGGCCUAUUUCCGUUCAUGCUGACAGUCACGCGCUGAAGAUCCUGCUCGACUACCUCUACGAAGACGACAUGCACGUGCAAGCCGACUGGACAUGUGAAAUGCUGUGCGCGCUGCUCUUUGCCGCAGAUCUGCUGCUGCUCGACAACUUUAAGUCGCAAUGUGAAUUCCACUUAGUGACGCGCAUGACUCAUCGUAAUGUGGCCGAUCUGCUUGAGAUCAGCUCCUUGUUGGGUGCCGACCAACUCUUCAACGCCUGCUGCGAUUUUGUAUAUUUCUACUUUCCCAUGCUGCUUGAAACCAGAGUGUUGGAAUCGCUACCAUCUGAAAUCUUGAAGACGUUGCCGGCCAGGUAUCUCCAGAGGCUGCCGGAGAAUCGUAGCUUACCAGUCAUAGAUCAAAGAACGGUGGAUGACCUCUUCAGCAGAACCCCGGCAGCUGACCAAGCGGAAGGAGCAGUUGAUGACAACGUCGACUAUGUCGUCAAGGGCAGUGGUCCAAGAAGACGUCAGCUAUCAUUAUCAUAUAACGCCAAUAAGAGCUCCGCCGAUAUGGAGCUAGAUGAAUUGAUAGCCGAAAUGCACAUGUCGGAUUCGGCCGUCGAGAGCGAUUUCGGAGAGGAGGGCGACAAUGAGGAGGACAGUGACCGCUCUUCGCCAGAGGGCAUUGUCUCUCCAUCAUCGGAGCGAAUCGAUCGUCCCGGGUCCCAGUCUACUCCUAUUUCCACUCCCAACAAGCGAAAGAUACUUUCAAACUUUCAGGACAGCGCUAUACACUGCUCUCCGAGUGAAGCGCUCACACCUGGUCUGUGGAUGUCCAGCGGUGGGUCCUCCUGCCCAUCCUCGGCAUCCAGCCUCUCCUUGUCGCAGAUCAUGCAGCAGGAAGAGGAGGCUCUGCACUCACGACGCAGACCAGCCGCUUCGCCGGCGCCAAACCAGAGACCAAGCAAUCCGUCUCAACCGCCAAGUGGCUCAUCUCCGAUGGAUGUGAACCCAGCAGUUGUGUGGAACGUUGGUCCCAAGGCUACGCAGUCGCAGCGCAAGCAGAAAAAGAACCGGCAGUCCCCAACGAUGCCAGUACCCCAGUCCGCUCCGGUCAACCCAUGGGCUGGCAGCGCUGUCGCGCAAGCCACAUCGCCAGCGGCCUCGGCACCGUCGUUCCGUGACAUUCUCCAUCAGGAAGAGCGAGCCGUGACGGUGGCUCCCGGGACGCCCGUGUCGCGUCGACCCCAGGCCACGCCGCGGAAGUCGAAGACCAGCUGGAAGCGUCAGCUCAGCUGGGGCGAAGUGGACCCUUCGCAGAAUGGAGUGGAUAUUCCCGGUCAAGAAAUACCCGUUGUGAAUGCCUGGGGUGUAUCACCGAGCCCUGUUACUCCCACUCCACUGUCUACAUCGCCAGCCUCAUUCAAGGCCAUUGUGCAGUCGCAAGAGCAGGCACUGAACCCCGUCAACUGCCCCGGCAAGCCUCUCAGUGUCAUACAGCUGGAAGAGAAGGCCAUCGACGAGCUGAUGGCGCACUACAAGAAGCGAAACGAGCCAAUCACUGUGACGCGCGUCACGUCCAAGCCCAGUGCUCCGCCAAGAUGGAAACAAGUGUGAGGGCCAGCACCACACACACAACGUACCUGGGAUUUAUUUUUCUACAAAGAUAAUUACAAUACACACAGUUAGAGAACGAGCUCCUACCUGCUGCGGUGUGCGUAUGCCCAUGUACAUGGUUGUACUACGAAUUGUAAGAUACAUGGCUACUCCACCAGCAGGCGAGUGGUACGAAUUGCGGCAAAGUCAUGAAAACGUUGAAAAAAUCAUUGGCUGGUACCUGUACCACUAUAGAAUCCCUGCUGUCUUCUCUAUCAUUGAUUUAUCUCUGAUUUAUCUCUGAUUUAUCUCGUACAAGCCUUUUGACUACAGUUAGUAGUUUACACCAGCCACCCUACUGGUUUCCUUCACCAUGAACACGCUAACAGCAAGUAGCAGUUAGUCACGCACCAUGAUAAGCUUCCCAUGCCGACACGUCAACGCUCUGCUUACUAGCUGUGUUGCUGUGUGCCCGCUCGGUUAGCGCUGCCCUCACAUUGUGCCCGUGCACACGCUCGAAGCCACGUAGAAGCUACACAAGAGCUGCAUGCCUACUGCUUGGAGCCUGGUUUUUUUAGUCUUGUGUCAAUGCAGUGCCGCUGAACAGAUGCUUUUGCACUCUUGUGCACAUGUUUUUAGGGGAUAUGUUUAUGUUUUUAUGGUACCAAGUACCCAAGUCUUGUUGUACUCAGAUGAUUGCCUGUCUUGUUAUAAUUAUUUUAUCAACAUGAUGGCAUUAUCUCAAGUUGGUUGGAAUACUGUCUGGAUGGCGUCUUCGUAUUUUGAUAUUUGCUGUACUGUAGAAUGAAGUUGAAGACACCAC